CUACAAGUAGAGCUUGACCAACCGCUACAACUGGACAAAAUGGCGAUGAGAGUUUUGCUCGACACUAAUAUGGUGAUUGCUUUCCACGAAAUAAGCCUUAAAUUAUGCUUACUUUUAUUCAAAUUAAACAGGGCAGCAUCGAGCUCGAGCUAUAUAACGAUCAUGCUCCAAAAACCUGUCGGAACUUCGAGGGCUUGGUCAAACGGGGUUACUACAACAGCUGUAUUUUCCACCGAAUAAUUCCAGAUUUCAUGAUCCAAGGCGGCGAUCCAACUGGAACAGGGCGAGGUGGUUCUUCGAUUUAUGGCGGAAAGUUUGAAGACGAGAUUCACAAAGACCUUAAACACACCGGAGCCGGAAUUCUCUCCAUGGCCAAUUCAGGCAAAGACACUAAUGGGUCUCAAUUCUUUAUCACGCUUGCACCUACACCAUGGCUAGAUGGGUCACAUACCAUCUUUGGACGCGUUUCAGCAGGAAUAAGAAUUGUGCAGCGGAUGGGAAUGGUCCAAAGGGAUAGGGAAGAUAGACCGGUUAAAGACGUGUUCAUUAUCAAAGCUCGCAUCGUGGAGGAGGGAGAGGAGGGAGAGGAAUGAUUGGAGUGCCUGCUAUAUACCAGAACUACAUGACAUUGUAUGAUGAUAUGUUAGUUUAAUAAUUGAACACAGGGCUCGGCUUUAGUGAG